GGCGGAGAGUCGAUCAGUCCCAGGCUCGCGCACACACAUACACGCGCACGGCGAGACAGAGAGCGCACUCGGGGAACAGUCGAGGCACCUGAAGCGUGAGUGAGUCUACCUCCACACACACACACACACGAUGAGAGCCAGCGUCCUCCUACUGCUGGGUCUGCCCGUCAUCCUGGCGCAGACGUUUGACUACAGAGAGGACCUGUUCAAAUUUGCUGAUCCUGAUUACAGCCCGUAUGAUUCACAGUAUCCGCAGCUGCUCUCCCAGCAGGUGAUACAAGAGCCAGAAGUGGGAGGACAGACUGAAGCUGAAUUACAGCUGACAGAGCCCACAGAGCCUGGACCACUGGACUGCCGUGAGGAGCAGUACCCCUGCACCAGACUCUACUCCGUCCACCAGCCCUGUAAACAGUGUCUCAACAGCAUCUGCUUCUACAGUCUGCGCAGGGUGUACGUUAUAAAUAAGGAGAUCUGUGUGAGGACUGUUUGCGCUCAUGAGGAGCUGCUGAGAGGUGAGAACUCUGACCUGUGCCGUGACCAGUUCUCCCGCUGUGGUGUAGCAGCACUGACUGGCCAGUGUGCGGCGCUGGGGAGCAGCUGUGUGAAGAGCUGUGGAGGAUGUUAAAGAUGACCACUACGACACCGCCCAAAUACUGCCUGACCAAACCCAUACCCCUCCACCCAAAGAAGAACACGGCCCAACCAAACCUACACCAUUAAUUGAAUUCCCCUCUCCAGGCUCCGCCCACAAACGUGCUCUUUCAUAGCUACUGUUGGACAGGCUUUACAGUGCGCUGCUUAAAGUCCAUUCACCCCAAAGAGUUCAGGUCAGCAGUUUAAAAUGCUCCUCUGCCGAGCUGGACUGUGUUGUUGUAGCUAAAACUAGACAAGUUGACAACAACGACACUACC